AUGAGCAGCGGGGUCGGCGGCGGCGGCUCUUCCCGCAGCAUUAACUGCGCGCUGCCCACUAUCCCCUCCAGCAAGCUGCCCGACCUGUGCUUCCUCAGCCGGGGCGCCUACGGCACCGUGUCCUCGGCGCGCCACGCCGACUGGAGGGUCCCGGUGGCGGUCAAGUGCCUGCAGGGGCCGCUGCUAGACAGUGAAAGAACCAAUCUCUUAAAAGAAGCAGAGAUUUUACACAAAGCCAGGUUCAGUUACAUUCUACCAAUUUUGGGAAUUUGCAAUGAGCCUGAAUUUCUGGGAAUAGUGACUGAAUACAUGACAAAUGGAUCAUUAAACCAACUUUUGCAUGGGAAAAAUGCGUAUCCUGACAUUGCGUGGUCACUGCGAUUCCGUAUUCUGUAUGAAAUUGCUUUGGGAGUGAAUUAUCUGCACAAUAUGAGUCCUCCAUUACUGCACCAUGAUUUGAAGACCCAAAAUAUUUUACUGGAUAGCGAGUUUCAUGUUAAGAUUGCGGAUUUUGGUUUAUCGAAAUGGCGCAUGGUGUCCACAUCACAAUCACGAGGUGACAAAUCUCUGCCAGAGGGAGGGACUAUUAUCUACAUGCCACCUGAAGACUAUAAUCCCAAUCAGAAAACCCGUGCAAGUGUAAAGCAUGAUAUAUACAGCUAUGCCAUUAUUAUGUGGGAAGUAAUGUCAAGAAAACAGCCCUUUGAAGAAGUUAUAAACCCCUUGCAGAUUAUGUAUAGUGUGUCUCAAGGAAAGCGACCAGACACUAGUGAAGAAACUUUAUCAAUGGACAUACCCCACCGAGUGCUGAUAGUAACAUUAAUGGCAAGUGGAUGGGCACAAAAUCCAGAUGAAAGACCUUCUUUUUCAAAAUGCUUAAUAGAUCUUGAACCAGUGCUGAGAACAUUUGAUGAGAUAUCUAUGCUUGAAGCAGUAAUUCUCUUAAAGAGAGAUAAGUCAAAAUAUGAGUCUCAAUGUAUUCGCUUCAGUCACAAGACAGCCGAUGUGGAGCUGACAUCUGUAAAUAUACCUCUGAAUCUUAGUCCACAGGAGGAAACAUGUGCUCCCUUCCUACAAAGUGGUGCACUCCCCCUCCGGAGCAUGUCACCUGAAUUACCAAGACUCAAGUCUAUACCAAAGUAUAAUAUCCUCUCAACAGGUAAAGACAACAGUUCUGAAGGACCGUGCUCUCUUGUUAGCAUGGAUGAAAAUAUCUCUCCAGCCCAGAGUGCUAAAUUGUAUGUGCCCUACCACAGCUACCCUUCCUCAUUUGGUGCAGAUCGUUCAGACGCAUCAAAUCCUAUGACACACAUGCUGCAGUCAUCAGCACUUACCUCAGGUUUUGCUGUGGAAUCCAUGCAACAGGAUAUAGCUCACCAGUGGAUCCAAAUUAGGAGAGAGGACAUUGUCAGCCAGAUGACUGAAGCGUGUCUGAACCAGUCUCUGGAUGCCCUCCUAUCAAGGGAUUUAAUCAUGAAAGAAGACUAUGAACUUAUCAGCACCAAACCUACGAGGACAUCAAAAGUCCGACAACUGCUUGAUACUACUGACAGCCAAGGAGAGGAGUUUGCUAAAGUUAUAAUACAAAAGUUGAAAGACAAUAAACAGAUGGGCCUUCAGCCUUACCCAGAUUUAUCAUCUGCUUCUAAGACUGCAUCUUUAAAUUUAUCAUAUCAGUAUAAAGCCAUGUAAAUGUUUCCUUACAAGUAAGUUUCUGUUUCUGAAAGGUUACUUUAUAUCUGUAUUGC